AUGCGCAGAACACAUCGACCACAGGCUAUAAGAAGGUCAAACAGUUCGCUGAUUGUGUUCUUGACACGGAGCUGGGAAGUAGUUGGAAAUAAAGGAGCGUCGACGAGCGGAUACUCCGGCACAAAGGUCGGUAAUAGCUUGGAGAAAACGAUUGCUGAAAUUACCAACGUGCCACUCGAGGUGCUGAAAGAGUACCAGCGCAGCAUUCGUUACUCCAUUAGUGAGAAGCUUCGAUGGAUGGACAGUAGAAAGACUUCUGAAGAAGAGGACCUGACAUAUGCACUUUUUGGUAUCUUGAACGUAUCUCUGCCAGUUAUCUAUGGCGAGAAGGGCAAGGCGAGGGAUCGGCUUCUAGCUACUAUUCGAGAACGCGAGGAGCUCGGGUUGAGGCAAGCUAAGCACUACCGAGAGAUCUCUAGCUGGGUGUCACCGACUGAUCCGUGGGAGAACCACCAGACGGCUCGGAAGCAGCAUGAGCCCGAAACUGGUGCUUGGCUACUGCAAAGCGAGACAUACCCAGCAUGGAAAGCUGGCUCAGACGAUUAUCAUCAUCUCUGGCUUCAUGGGCCCGCAGGAAGCGGCAAGACGAUCCUUUGUUCUACAGCUAUUGAGGAUGUAUCAGCAAAAUUUAGUAGUCAUCCGAACAUUGGCCAAGCUGUCUUCUAUUUCUCCUUCUCUGACCAAACAAAGCAAAGCCAUGAGAGUCUCGUCCGAUCGAUGGUCGUGCAGCUCGGUUGCAGAGAACCAGGACUCUCGCUAUUACGCCAAGCGUAUGAGAGGCCGGAGCACAAGGUUCUUGGAAUGAACGAGCUGUAUCGAAUCUUGACAGCUAUCGUCCGAUCGUACAACCAGAUCUUUCUCCAUCUGGACGGGCUGGAUGAGUGUCUAGGUGAGCAAGAUGGGCGACUCGAUAUUCUGGCUGCGCUGGAAACGCUUUUAAAGGAAUUCCCUGAGAUGCGACUAAUCGCGACGAGUCGAGACUACCCAGAAAUUCGGUCUCGCAUGGAAAGCAUCGCGGCUGUUGCGAUACGACUUGAUCGACAGGGAGUCGAUUUGAUAUCCAGAAAUACACAGCUACGCCAAUGGCCUGCUCCGAGUAAGAAGCUCGUGGAAGAUACACUUGCACGAAAAGCCAAGGGCAUGUUUAGAUGGGCAGUAUGUCAGCUUCAGGAGCUCAAGAAGACCAAGUCUACUAAGCCGAAGGUGAUAAGUCAAGCCUUGUCUGCUUUACCAAAAACGUUAGACGAGACAUACAUACGGAUGCUAAGGAGUAUCUCAGAGUAUAAUCGCGCCGAUGCGCUCAUGCUGCUCCGGUGGAUUACCUAUGCGCAAUCGCCGCGGACGCUUCACGAGCUUGCAGAAGCGACAAUCAUCCAGAUCCCGGACGAAGCGGGCGUGGAAGGUGCGGUAGAUAUGGAAGAUCGCGGCAGCUGGGCAGACACAUUAUCAGUUCUCGCUGGACUGGUAACAAUUCAGACUGAAGAGGCCGAUAGAGAGGACGAUGACAGAGACAGAGACUAUAUCGAACUUCCGAUCUCGGGCGAAGCCACUCGGGACGCCAAAGUCCGACUCGCCCACUUCUCUGUGCAAGAGUUUCUCGAAUCGACCCGAAUACUAGCGAGCGAUGUUGACACAUUUCACCUCGAACCCGCACGAGAACAUGCCUUUCUCGCACAGAGCUGUCUUGUGUACUUACACCAAACGACAUCACCCGGCAUUCCCUCCUCCUCCUCCCUAGAACCAAACAAAAACGUCAUCCGUGGCAGCUUCAUCAAACGUCACACAUACACACACACACACACACACGCUCCCACAAUGUCAACACCGACGCAAGGCCAGGCCUAUGGCAACAAUGCAUACCCAACCCCAGCAUCACAAGUCACCGGCUCAUCAGCAUCGCAACCGGGCUACUCGGUCGAGAGGUCCUCUCAAUCCAACUCGGUGACUCCGUAUCAACAGCAGCAGCACCAACAGCAGCAGUCCCAACAACAACAACAACAACAACAACAGCAGCAGCAGCAGCAGCAACCCACCACCAACCCGCCGUUCGAGAGGUACUGUGUCAUUCACAUUGCCACGACUUGUGAUGAGCAUGGAGUCUACGUGACAAAGGACAGUGCGGAGGUCAUUAAGAUUGGAUGGGUUGUUAUAGACGCGAAGAACCCGGAACGAGAGCUCCACCGUCAAUCCGUGCUGGUCCGACCCGUGAACACCCCCAUCACGCCGCUCUACACCUCCCUGACCACGCUCACCUGGGAACACGUCAAGAACGCCGGCACCUUCCGCGACGCCAUCAACGCCUUCGACACCUACGCCAGCGAGCACCUCGUCCCCAAGGACGCCGGCCCCGGCGCACACCCCUCCUUCGCCUUCGUGACCCUCACGCCCUGGGACCUCCGCGUCUCGUCGAGCCUGUCGUCCAUCUGUGCGGGUCUGGAGGUCGAGGAGGUGCGUUCCUCCGGGAAGGUCACGGGCGGACUGCCCUUCCACCUGCAAGCCCUGGCUCCCACCUCGCCUCGCCGUGCGUUAGAGGAGGCGUUGACCCUCUCCCGAUGCUUGAACUCCCUCCUGGUCAAAUCCCGGCCUUCACCGAGCAACCCUCAAGGCACCGAGGGCAUCCUCUCCCGUCCGCUGGAUGCCCGGAGCGAUGUCCGCGCUUUCCUCGGCGAACGCAGCAAAGUGCUCCAUCUGAGCGGUCUCCCGCAUGAUACCACCCAGUCGGAAUUGGAGAGCUGGUUCACACAGUAUGGUGGUCGUCCGAUUGCGUUCUGGACCCUGCGGACCCCCGAGGGUGGGAAACCUAGCGGGAGUGGGUUUGUGGUGUUUGGGAGCCAUGAAGAGGCAGCUGAAUCGCUCAGCAUGAACGGACGAGCAUUAAACGACCGCGCCAUCGAGGUCUCACCCUCAUCCAGUCGAGUCCUGGACCGUGCCGCCCAAUCCCAACCUCCAGGCGGUCCACCACUUCUCACUCCCUUCCCGCCGUCCAAGAACCGACCGCGUCCAGGAGAUUGGAGCUCCCCGAGCUGCGGCUUCUCCAACUUCCAACGCCGCACCGCCUGCUUCCGCUGCUCUUUCCCCGCCAUGGGCGCUCAACCCGACCCCUACGGCCAGCAGCCCUACGGAAUGCAACCUGGCCCUUACGGCGGUGGUCCCAACUACGGCGGGCCCUCCGGCAUGAUGGGCGGACACGGCCACGGCGGACCCGGAUACGGCGGCAUGGGCGGCGGCGGCAACAUGAGCGGCGGCUCCGGCGGCGGACGCGGCGGCGUCGUGCCCUUCCGCGCCGGCGACUGGAAAUGCGGCAACGAAACCUGCGCCUACCACAACUUCGCCAAGAACAUCAACUGCCUCCGCUGCGGCUCCUCCCGCAGCAACGCCGCCGUCAUCGCCGACAACAACAACAGUAACAACGGUGCACCAACUUUCGCCCCCAACCACUCCUACCCCGGCCACCCUCCCCCCAACAUGCAGCACUCCAUGGACCCUACCUCCUACAACCCCAUCAUGUCCCAACAACAACAGCAACAGCAACCUCCCCCGCCGCUCGGCCCCUAUCCCAUCCUUCGGCCCGCCGUCGACGUAUGCCCUGCCCUCGGGCAUCGCGGGACAGAACCAUACAUGGGCGGCGGCGGUGGUGGAUAUCCACCUCAUAUGUCCGCCGCUGGCCACGCCGCGCAAGGUGGUUUCGACAGCCGCGCCGAACAGGCUUUCAACCAUGGCAACUCCGCCGGUGGCCACCAGCAGUAUCCUCCUCCCAACGGCCACUAUAACAAUGGCGGUAACAAUGCUAACAACCACAAUGGCUACUCCUCCGCUGGAGGCGCCGGUGCCAGUGGAGGCGCAGGCGGAGAGAAUGGUUCUUCCGAUCCGUUCUCGUUCCUCUCCUCGGGCAUGAACAACCUUGGCAUCAACAAUGAGGGCGAGGGUCCCCGGAGGGGGGGAAGGGGGGAUGCGAAAUCUCCGCAAUAG